CUUUAUUAUUCAUAACAAGUAAUCGGGCUUUGUAAGGCAAGCAUCAGUGAGUCCUUAUAUAUGGACCAAUGAAAUAAUCAAGCGCAUUUGGUAACAUACUAUCAUCAUUUUGCGUAAGGCGGAUGGAUGUAAAGGAGGAGGAACAAUUGGUACUCAGCCUUUGUGACAAUAUGGAUGACGAACCAACGAAAACCAUUACCCUUAAAAGGCAGGUCUAUACACUUGAUGCAUACACUGAAAAAUACAACGAUAGGAGAGAAAAUUCUAGUGUCUUUGACGAAAUCAAGAAAUCCAUGACAUGUUCGAGAAGAAAAGUCGGAAAGAUUCUUGGAUCCUACCUUCCAGUUGUUGGAUUUAUACGUCAGUACAAGUUGAAGCAAUAUAUUCUUGGAGAUGCUUUGUCCGGCCUCACAGUCAGCUUUAUGCACCUUCCUCAAGCAAUGGGAUUUGGCAUUCUUGCUUCUCUGCGACCAGUCCAUGGCUUAUAUUCUACAUUCUUUCCGGUGCUUGUAUAUCUAUUGUUUGGAACGUCGCCUUAUAUAUCGUUUGGAACCAAUGCUGUAAUGGCAUUGCUUACACAGACGGUGGUAGAGAGAGAAGCUGAUUCUUUCACUGCGGCGUUUAAAAGUGACAAUAACGGAACAAGUCCUACUGAAGACGAGAUUAUGGACGUUAAAAUCGGUGCUUCAAUGGCGUGUUGUGCGCUUGUUGGUAUAAUUUUAAUGGCUAUGGGACUUCUUAAACUUGGGAUAGUCACCACAUAUUUGUCUGUUUCCUUUGUUGGAGGAUUUACUACCGCAGCUGCAUUCCACAUCGCGUCCAGCCAAGUGCCUAAGAUAUUUGGAAUUAAGGUCAAGACUUUUGCAGGAGCAGGAAAACUGGUGCUUAUGUAUAUAGAUUUAUUCAGUAAAAUUGCAGACACGAAAGUAGUUGAAAUAAUUAUAGCAGUUAUUUGUUUGAUUGUUUUGCUUGUUGUAAAGAUAUGCAUCAACGAACGAUUCAAUAAAAAGAUGAAAAUGCCAAUUCCAAUUGACCUUAUUGUGGUAGUUAUUGCGACAUUCAUAUCACAUUUUGCAAAGUUUGAGGAUAAAUUCGAUGUAAAAAUUGUUGGUGAAAUACCAAGCGGUUUCACAAGUCCAGCUGUACCCGACUUCAGUAACGCAAGCAAUUACAUGAGCGACGCUUUUGUUAUGGCGAUAUUGUCACUAGCUAUGAGUAUUUCAAUGGCAAAACUUUGUUCAAACAAACACGGUUUACCAAUUGAUGAUAAUCAAGAACUAAUUGCAUACGGUGCUGCUAAUUUUGUGUCAGGUUUCUUCCAUUGUUUCCCACAAGCUACAGCGCCACCUAGGACAAUGAUUCUGAGUUCGCUUGGUGCUAGGACGACGCUUAAUGCCAUCGCUACUUCCGUAUUUUUCCUGUUGGUUAUUCUUGUCAUUGGACAGUUAUUUGUGUCACUACCACUAAGUGUUCUCGCAGCAAUGAUUAUAGUUUCCAUGAAAGAUCUUCUUCUACAGUACAGAAACCUACCACGAAUUUGGAAGAUAAACAAGUAUGACUUUAUCAUUUGGGUUGUGACAAACUCUGUUAGUAUUCUCGUUGACUUGAACUACGGUAUCAUUGCUGGGGUUGGAAUUUCAAUAUUUCUUACCGUGAUAAAUGACCAAUUAACAACCGGACAUUUGAUUGGCCUGUCAAAGGCUGAAGACAUCAUGAUAAAAUAUACAGACAAUACACAAGUAAGGGAAAUAAGCGGAGUGAAAAUCUUUAAAAUUCCAACAAAUUUGUACUUUGCAACGGCUGAGAGAAUGAAAUUUCAGAUCUUUCGAAAAAUUUUGAAUCCAAAAAAGUUCCUGAAGAAAAUGCAGAAAUUGGAAAAUUUGGCCAAGAUAGUUGAUGAGGAAAGCAUUGGUGUAGAAAAGAAUAAUUCUUUCGAAAAUGGUGGGAAAUAUACUGCAGAUCCUAUGGACGUGAAAUUGAAAUCUUUGGUUCUUGACUUUUCGAAGGUGCACUACAUCGAUAUGGCAGGAAUAGCUGCCCUUCAACAAAUCAUCAAAGAGUACAAGACGGUAGACGUCAAAGUUUACUUCGUUGCAAUCUCGGAAAACGUUGGUAAAACUUUUGAAGCUAGCGACUUUUUCGAGUCCUUUCCUCGGAGUAGCGUCUUCGUUGAUGUGUUUGAUGCAGUGUCAGUACUCAGUUCUCAAGUUGUUGUGUCUGUUUCUACAUCAAAAAUAUGAAUAGCGGCAUACUUCAAAAUUAGAUAAAGAAAAAUGAGAUAAUAAAUAUGCUUUCAACUUAACUCGUUAUCUCGUUUACAUAUAACCUUACCAUUCAAGGAUUUUUGCUUUUUGUUCCAGUCAGCAAAGCAAAGACAUAUUUACUAUGUACAGUAUUUUAUUUCAGUAAAAUAUAUAUUAUUAAUUAUAUCAAUUUUUAUAAUAGAUGUAUGGCGCAUUUACUUUGCUUAACUAUAUUAUUUGUUUAUAUUAUCUCGUUUACACAUUAACUUACCAUUCAAAGAUUUUUACUUUUUGUUUCGGUCAGCAAGGCAAGAAAAUGCACUUUGUAUCUUAUUUCAAUUAAAUACAUGUAUGUAUAUAUUUCUUUCGAGACUAUUCUUAUUGUAAAUGUAUGUUCAUUGCUUAGCUAUAUCGUUUGUUAUAAUACAUAAAAAAGUGACAAGUUGUUUGAUUGGUUAGAUUUUACCGCCUAUUUUUAUAUAAUUACUCUUUGCUCAUAUUUUGGUAGUCUGUAUACCUUACCGGCUCUUUAUUAAUUAGAACCAGUAAUUACAAUUCUCAAC